AUGUGGCCAGACAGUAAAAUGGUGGAAAAAUUGCGAACGGUUCAAUAUGCUCUUGUUAGCUCUUCUUAUCCAACUUGUAGAGAACCAUCUUUAGAAUUUCGUAUUUCUUUUGCAUCAGCUGAAAAGCUUCUAAUCAGAAGUUUUUCUGACAUUCAAUUUGCUGUAUACACUUUCUUGAAAUACAUAAAGACACGUACAGAGGAAAGCGUUUGUAGUUCAGAAGAUGUGCUGAAAUCAUAUCAUGUGAAAAUGGCGAUUCUUUGGUGUUGUGAACAGAUGGAUCCUACUGUAUGGACGGCUAAUAAUUUCUUGUAUUGCACUUCAGUGUGUCUAAAAUUUCUUCAGAAAUGUUUCCUUUCAAGGUCUCUUCCACAAUUAUUCAUACCGGAAAACAAUUUGAUUGACCACUUAGACCCAAACGAGUGUGAAAGGAUUGCAGCUUAUUUCGGGAGGUACGUAGAUCCUAUUAAUCCAAAGAUGUUUCUGAACUGCUUGUGCGACGAAACGUUUGAUGACGAUUUUGAUAGAAUUUUCAUGCAUCCCAGACGAAAUUUGUCGGACCGAAUUCGGAAAUUGUUCUUCAAAACAACAACAUCAAAUAUUGCUAUUGACAAAAUAUCAGCAGUGAUGGAGACUGACACAUUGUCGUAUAUACUAGCAGAGUUGAGAGUGUACGAUGAACAUGUGUUUUGUCCUGUGUUGUAUGAAACCAUUUUGGACCUGGAUAACAUUGUAUCCUUGGACAUGAUCGAUUGUAUACGAUCCCUUCUUUACCGUUUCCUCGCAGAUAUAAUACACAGACAACCCGGAUUCCUCCGAACUAACAUUCGACAAGCAGAAGAGUUAUACAUUCGCGGUAUUCAACUUGUAUACCCUUUAAGCAAAUUUGACGACAACGAAUUUUCAGGAAGUUCUCAAUUGUCAUUGUUUUAUUACCUAAAUAGUGAGUAUGAGAAAGCGGAAUCAGUUUUGAAAAAAAUCGGAUCAAUGCUUUACACAGUGAAUCCUACAUAUGUUCUGUCGAUAAUCCUUGUGCACAGUGACCUUCAGCGACUUUGGCAUGACGACUUUCUUCGAGGGAUGGUGGAGCGGUUUGGUGAUCCAGAUUUGGAUACCAUACCCAUUAAAUGUAAUGUAUUAGCACUUUAUAUCUUUGUUCAGUGCUUGAGUAGGUUGUACAGUGAAGAGAUGCAUUCACAACAAAACAGACUCCAGAAAUUAAAACGCUCUGUUCUAGCAAAUAUCAAACAACUAACAGGAUUUGACUCGGAAACUCAGUUGUACACAUCAAUGGUUCUAACUCGUACAAAAGCCCUGAUACUGGAACUAUUGUCUAGUGUUCACUGA